CGUUGUCCAGUCACAAUCGAGAUUUUCGGUAAACUAAAAGAGAACGUUUUUUUGUCGUCGUUCGUUAAUACAUUCGUGGCUCUUAUCAUGCGCAUUGUUCAUCAUAUAAUUUAUUAAAUUAUUACGUCGAGGAAGUCAUUUGAUUAAUUUGAUCGAAUUUGUUUAUUAUUCUGCUUUGUCAUUUUGAUUGAUUCUAUUCUCUCACACUCACUUUGCGCAAAAGGCUAACAUGGACGGUAAUAAAGAUGAGGCAGAAAGAUGUAUUGAACUUGCUGAACGUUAUUUGCGUGAAAAAAAAUUCGAAGAUGCGGAAAAAUUCAUACGUAAAGCACAAAAGCUUUAUCCAACGCAAAAAACAGAAGAUCUAUUAACAAAAGUUACAUCUCUAUUAAAACAAAAUGUGAAAACUGAAUCAGAACCUACCGUUAGAAAGAGACAUAAUGUUAAUAAGGAAAAUUCUCAAGCUCAAGCUACCACUGAAUAUACAAAAGAUCAACUUGAAGCAGUAAAAAGAAUUAAGAAAUGUAAAGAUUAUUAUGAAAUUUUGGGAGUAAGUAAAGAUGCAACAGAUAGCGAUAUUAAAAAAGCUUAUAAAAAGUUGGCACUUCAAUUACAUCCUGACAAAAACAAAGCUCCAGGAGCUGCAGAAUCAUUUAAAGCCAUUGGAAAUGCUGUUGCUAUUCUUACGGAUGUUGAAAAACGGAAACAAUAUGAUCUUUAUGGUCCUGAAGAGGAACGACUACAAAGUAGUCAAGCUCGUCAGAAUCAUACACAUUAUAAUUACACACGAGGUUUUGAAGCUGAUAUCACAGCCGAAGAAUUAUUUAAUAUGUUCUUUGGUGGAGGAAUACCUCAGCAAGAAUUUUAUAUGAGACGUACAGGUGGUAGAUGGAUGAGACAGCAAGAAGCACAAGCUCAAAAUGCUCAUUCUCAGCAAGCAAAUGGAUAUACAACAUUUGUCCAAUCAUUGCUUCUUUUGUUGUUAAUAUUGAUAUCUAUGAUGAGCAGUUUUUUUAUAUCAGAUCCUAUAUAUAGUCUACAUCCUAGUGCCAAAUAUUCUAUAGCAAGGAACACCAAGCAAUUGAAUAUACCAUAUUAUGUCAAGGAAAAUUUUCAUACCGAAUAUCAAGGCAGUUUGCAUAGAUUAGAAAUAUCCGUUCAGGAAGAAUUUUUAUUGAACUUGAGACAAGCAUGUUAUAGGGAAAGAAAUUACAAAGACGCACUGUUAUGGAAGGCUCGUAGUUUUCAAGAUCAAGAGAUGUUUAUUAAAGCUAGAAACAUUGAUACACCUUCUUGUAAAAGAUUACAAACUUUGCAAUCUUCAUAGCAUAUUCAUGUAACUCAUUAGAAUUGUGUUGUAGAUAGAUGUAUAUUAUAUUCACGCGUGCAUAUUUAUUUUGAGUGUGACGCAGGACGUUGAGUUAUAUGUUCGUAUCUACUGUCAUACAUCGCGCGCCUUGCAUAGCCUGUCAUUAAUAAUAUGGACCAUGCAUGAUGUUUGAUCCGUAUCUAAAUUGUUAAUUGUUUGCUAGAAGAUUAAAUUUGAAUAGCCCAUUUAAUGGUAAUUUUACUAGUAAAAUGAUAUUGAAUUUAUAUUAUAUAACUAAAUGAGAUAAAUUUAGCUUUUUUUAGAUAGAUCGAGUCAGUCAGGAUAGCAUAAAAGUUAUUUAUUUUCGUAGAUUGAACAAUGUCAUUUACGACUUAGAAAUUGUUCAUAUAAUCUUAAAUUUUUUAAUAAACAUCAGAAAUUUUUAGUUUUUAAAAAUUCGGUUUGCUAUAGUAAUAUAAAUGAAAAAAAUAUCUUAAAGUUAUGUAAAGUUAUGUAAAGUUUUAUUGUUUUAUUUCUUUUUAUUUUUUUUUUUUUUAUAUAUAUAUAUAUAAACACCUAUGUUUCUAAAAAAAGACUCUUCUCUUGGCAAUGAUGGUAAUAAGUAAUGUAUAUACCAUCUAGGCAUGUUGAUAAAGAAGCAAAUUAUUAAAAAAUGUAAAUUGUCUUAUUAAGUUAAAUGCAGAGCUGUCAAGAUUGAAGUUUCCACUAUAAAGUAUUAUUAAUUUCUGCAAUUAUUGUCAGAAUUAAGUUCUAAAAUUAAUUCGACAUAAAAAUUAUCUAAAUAACGUAUAAUUGUUAUAAAACUGUAUUUAAUAUAAUUUAAAUGCAUUAUAAUGCAUCCUAUCCUAUAUAUUAUUUUGUUUGAAACGCUAUGGAUAAAACAAAAAUUAUUUCCAAUGCAUUAUAAAAUUUGAUUCUGUCAAUAUAUGCAGGGAAAUAAUGUACAAGUGUCUGCUUUUAUAAGAUUAAAUGCAGAGAUUUUAAUUCUUUCCCAAAGUAGACCAGUUAGGUAUAUAUCUUAUUGCAUUAUAAACUUUUAUAUGAAAAUAGAUGAUAAAUAGUUGUUAUCAAAGAGAUUUGUAUGUAGUUACAAAUCAUAAAGAAUGGAUCUUUAAAAAUAAAUAAAUAAUGCAAAUAUAAUACACGGAAAUUAGAUAAACAUUUUUAAGCUCGAUAUAGUCUAUUUGUUGUUAAUUAUUUAUUUAUAACCUUUAUUAUAUGUUUUAGACGAACAACAUUCUAUUAUUAGAUUAUGGUGAAAUGAAAUAGAGCAUAGCUUAUCUAAUAUUAUACAUUAUUAUUUUAGAUCACUUUAAUAUAUACAUAUUUAAUCUUAAUCAUUGUGUAAUGAUUUAGAUUAUUUCAACAAUAAUACACAUAUCUCGAUGAAAGUGUAUUGCGUUGAGACACAAUAUCUCUUUAUAUUGAUGCAAUAUAUGCAAAUUUUAGUAAAUAUAAAAAAUUCCAAUUCUUCAUAUAAUCGUCAUUAUAUAUUAAGAAAUUAUAAUAACGUAUUCUAUUUCUCCAAUUCUUUCAUUAUAAUUAUUUAUUUACAUAUAAAAUAUUAUUAAGCAAUGAUUUAUGUAUUACGUACGUCACAAAAUAUUAUUACUUGACUGCAAAAUAAAGAUAUUCUCAGCAAGUAAUGAUUUCUUAUUAAUGCACAGUCGUUGAUAGCUAUCAUAAAUCGAUCAUAAUAAUAACAACUUGUAAUAUUUGAUUAAAUAAUAUAGAAAUGAGAGAGAAAAA